CCCUCUUGUAUCUACCUGUAAACACCUUUGCAUUUCCUGGAAACCUCCUGACUCAACACACCUUCCGCCUGGAGACCAGAGCUCGACACCAGCAGUGUUAGAAAAGGUUUUGCAUGGCCGGUGGAUGACCCAUGUGCAAUCGGCUAUUUGGCUGCCUCCCCUCAGCAUCAACAACACCGCCAUCUGGGUAAGCCCACACGCACCUGUGCUUUCUGGGAGUGUGCCACAGAGAGGCAAGCAAAGGCUGAAGCACUGAAGCAGAGGUGGAGGGCAGGAGAUGGGCUGGAAAAGAGCAGCCAUGCAAGGAAAGUCUGUACUUCAACUUAUCCAUAAAUAGUUUAAAACAGAUCAUAAAAUCACUGUUAAAAAGAAAAAGUCACUGAGGGAUUGAUGCUUCAAUCAGCAGCUAAGACAGGAUUUAGAGGGUGAGAGAGAGGCACUGUACUAUCACUAAACAUAACAUUUAAUUCCCUUGGAUAAGUAGAUUAAGUAGGAAAAACAUGCUCAUUACAGGGGAUGCUGAUGACAGACAUGAAUGCAUUUAGUCUGUAUCAUUUUUACAAAAGUAGCUUGGGGGAAAGAGGAGGGGUCAGUGAUGCACCUGUUACCCCAUCACUUUGGCACAGUAUGACCCGUGAUCCAUGGAUUAUAAGUUAUCCACACCAAAAAGGUCAAAUCUAUUUCCCCUCGGGCGUGCAGCAAGUGUUGGCUGAGUUUGCGUGUGUCUGCAGAAUUUCUGACAAGGCUGUCAGCCCCUCUCCAAAGGAAGCCUUCUCCACACCGCCCUGCUCCACUCUCCUAUUCAUUCACCAGAAUAAUUCACGCUCAGCUAAAAACAAAACCGACUGCUGAACAUUCUUGGGGGCUGAGAAAAGUGUGGAGAUGGAUGAAAGGACAUCUGCAAGCUAUAGGGGUGUGCAGAUGUGGAGUUUGUGCUGCAGGAGAGGCAGUGUGUGUGUGUGUGUGUGUGUGUGUGUGUGUGGGUUGGUGUGAGGGAGUGUGCGUACAUGAUGUGCUUUUUAAGCAGGGUUGAAUCCUAAAUGAUCAUUGACUAAGCCGUUUUUCAGAGAAGACAGAGCGGGGAAGGUGCCGAGGGCCAGUUUUACAGAACCUGACUAGCCUAAAAAUUAGCUUAAAAAAAAACAUCUUUAAACUUCCCUCAGCCCAGGAACCAGCCGUGCAGAGUUUACAACCUCACAGUUCUUCUAAUUAAAUCAUCAGAGACCAAUCAAGCUUUGUUGCAUAUAUGAAUAUGCAUUAUGGCUUCAGAAGCACAUUUCUUACUGUUUCUGGAUUGCUACCAGCACAGUCAUUGUAUCCAUUUGCAAACUCAUUAGAAAAACAAAAGCACCAAACUGGCUUUAAAUCAUGCCUGGUGCACACUUAUCUUUUAAAUAAUCAAAGACAUAAUGACUGAUUUAACUGAUACUUACUAUUUUAAUUGCAAGAACACACUAGACAAUUCAGUCAAGAUGCUGGACCACACAUUUACUGUUUCAAAUGUUACUUCAGAAAACAUGGAGGCGGACUGUCAUCAUCAGCUUGUGGAACUUGUAUGUUCUAUGUUUUGUACUGAAAACCGUGGAUGAAGUCGUGGCUUAGACAACGGAAUCAGUGUGGCUAUGGUGACACUCAUUGGCUCAAUGUAACAUUGCCAUUUCUUACACAUGAUACGGUUUCAUGUCAUAAAUAUCAAAUGGGUAGACUGAUCCAGUCUGUAGCAGUAAGAUUAUGUCUGUAAACCUUUCACACAACAGGAUCAUUUUGGCAGAUAAUUUGCUCCGUCCAGCCUCAAAUCGGGAACACCCCUGCAAUUUAUGUUAGGGGCUGUUCAGGCUCAAAAUCUACCCAAUUAUCCAUUAGUGUGGGGCCAGCCUAAGAUUUAAAUCCCUAAUUAGGUUUGUUUGUGUGUAUGUUGCAGGCCUCCAGCAGGAUUUCAGAUAAGAUGUCUUUUAUCGCAGAUAAAUACACAGAGAUGAGAAGUAAUAAACAGCUCUACCGAUAUCAGAGAGCAAGAACGAGGUACAGACUGUGAGCCAGCCGGUUGAUGCCCGCGGACUCCCUCCCUGAUCACCACCUCAUUGUUCUUUUACAAUGACCUUGGCUCAUCACACAAUCAAGUGUCUGAUUGCAUCACACACACUCGGACUGGCUAGUUAGCUUUUAUGGCAAUUACUGUGGUGCAUGUGUGAGUGGCUGUUAGACUCAUUCAGGGUGCAUCAGUAUUCAGAGAAGUUCUGUCUUGUGUAACACCGCUGUUGCUUUGUGGGUUUAACCAGCACAAAGCAACAGCAGUGUUGUUGUAAACACAAAUCCCCACUGGAUCAUGUGUGCACGACUAGAGGCCGGUGUUUCUUCAAUUGGUGGGCUAUUUGUUGUGAAUGAAAGCCAUUUGUUUUCAUUUUCUUUCAUUGGUCAACCAGGACUCUAAGCCCCAUCUUAACCAUAUAACGAAUUGAAGCACUUGUAACAUAAUCAGCAAUUGAUAAGUAAGAAUAUAGAGCCAUGCUGGGAACUGUGUGUGGCUGUAGUGGUGCUUUGAGCUUAAGGCUGACUUAAGCUUACUAAAUAUGAUCACAAUGGCAAUGCAAUUAUUACUAAUAAUGCAAUAAUGUAAUUCUGUGUGUUAGCAUGCUAAUAUUUGAUUAUUAGCACACAAAGUACAGCUGAGGCUGAUGGGAAUGUCAUUAGUUUUGCAGGUAUUUUGUCAUGAACCAAAUUACAAUUUUAAGUUGAUGAUGGUGCUAGAGGAAUAAUUAUUACCAAAGUGACCACAAUUCAUCCUGAAGGGAACAUGAUAUAUUUAUUAAAUGACAAUCCAACAGAUAAUUGCUCAGACACCUCACUCAAAACCACACAUGUGAACCUGGUGGCGUUAAAAGAAAAGUCAGAGGAUCACCAAAGUUAUUAUGAUUCAUCCUCCAGGGAUCAUGAAUGUCACUGGCUAAAGUUAAAAUUCUGAUUUGCUGAUGAGCAACAUAAACAGACAGGGGAUCACCGGACUCAUCCCAUAUCUGUACAGUAAUAUCCUAGAUCCCUAGAGCCACAUCUGCGCGGCUAAGAAACAAGCAGUUAACUCAGACGAAGCAUGCAACUAAAAGACUUUCCGCACAUCAGUAGAGAAAGGAAGCUGACUGUCAACAAACUCAAAUAGUUUCCCUUCAAAGACAUGGAGUUAGAAUUUCAGAGUUAUUGCAUCACAAACUUGCUGAAGUUCGAAAAAAAAAAAAACAUGGAAUAAACAACAACAAAGGUUUAGUCAGCAAUGUUUUCUCCAAAAUCUGUAUGCUGUAAUUCUCAGAAAUAACUGGGUUUUUGUGUCUUUUUUCAAAUUAAACUAAAUCCUUGAAAAAACACUCAAUAGAUGAAGGCUGAAUACAGCUCAUUAGGAUGUGCAACAUGAACCCUGCUAAAAAUUUAAUGGUCUUGGGUAAGACCAGCCCUGUGUUGUUUUUUCCACAUGCUGCAGGGUUACUGGACAGCCCUCCUAGGCAGAAAAAGCAGAGACUUAAAGAAAGUGCAGCACAUUUUCUUUAGGACAUGUUUGGUGACAUUCAGGGGCAGCCGGCACAGACAAACCAAUCCCUGCUGCAGCACCAACCCAGACGUGAAUUAAGAUACAGUGAAACCUGAGGAGCCUUCAGUGAAGAAGACAAACAAAAAGACAUCACAGGAGUCCAUCCGCCUCUGGAAACACAACUAAUAACACUUCCUUCUGUGCCAACAGUGUCAGGCCUGACCAGCGACAUAUCCAUUAUUCAGAAGGUGUUCCUCUCCAUCUAUACCACUGCUCUACCCUUCCCAGUCAUCCCCACCAUAGAUUUAUAAUUUAUCACCCAUGCCUAUAAAUGUUUAAUUGUUUUUAGAACACCCGCUGGGGAUGUAUAAUUCAAUGUUCUGUGCACCAAAAGCAAGCUUUUUCCUUGAAAGUAAAAUUACCGAUGAUCUCCUGAAAAAGGCAGGGACAAUCCUGAUGAUAUUAUGUAACACAAAAUUAUCCUGGAGAUUCUAGAGAUCUAGACCGGUCUAAAUUAUUGUCUGCGUGUUGGACAGAUGCAGAGGAAGAAGAUUGAUUCUUUUAUCCCAGCCCCCUGUCUGUCUGUCUGUCUAAGCUCUACUUCCCGAGCACCAAAAUACAAAGCCAAACUAAACUUUAAAAUCUCUCAAAUUAAAACUGUUGCAAGUAGAAAUAUAAAAAUGCUAAUUCACCAAAUAGAACACAUUUUGUUGGAUGAUUGUGCACAAGUGCAAAAUGAUACAUUUGUGUGGAAUAGAAGAGUUUAAUCGGUUGGCUUGCAUUGAAAUUACAGCAUUAAGAAAUAUGCAGGCCAAUGAGUCACCCCUAUAUUGUCAUUGAAGUGGUUUAGUGUUGUGCUGACAGUUCCAGAAGAUCUAAUGUGAUCAAUAGACCAUAAAUAAUAAUUUAUUGCCCUAUUAAAGCACGUCCACAAACCGUCUGUCUGCUGAGUCACAACCAAAGAAACUUGGCCCACAAACCGUGCACUUGGCUUUGUGAAGAUGCUUGUUCCCAGUAACUAUCUGGCACACCCCAAGCCUUGGUACUGUGCCUUCUUAGUGAACUGUAAAGCCCAUAAAAGGGGCGGUUCAUAGGCUGCAUUAAUAGUUUGCAAAAGUUUAUUGGCAGGCUUUACCACUGAGAGGCAGUUAAAGGUAAUUCAUGUGGCAUUUGUGCGAGCUGUUUGCCUGAUAAUGAAGCCAUCCCACUCUUAAAAGUCUGGUCACAUUUCAGAUAAUGUCCAUCUUUGCCUGUUUGUUAAUGUGAACGUCAAUGUCACACAGUAAUAGAGCAGAUGAAUCUAAGCAUGCUGAUUCACAACCAUUUUAAAAUAUUUAAAUUCAUCUCAUGUAUUCUUGCUGACUGACAACUUCUCCUUGCUGAUAUAUAAUAAUGGUUAUUUUAACAUAGAUAAAAAAACAGUAUAAUUCAGACACCAAAAGUAUUCUUACACUUAUACAUUUUAAAUAGUUUGAACACCAGGAGAAGAAGAAUUUAAUGAUGAAAUGAAACUUUCAUUCAGUCGAUUUCCACACAGUGUUGCAUGACAGGAGAGAAUAAUGUUGUAACCAUUUUUCCCCACAGAUACUGUCCGAUUUUAAAUUUGUUUUCUAGUCCAGAAAACUGAUAGUGACAGCUAAAUAUUUUGGGAACCCAUUUUUCUUUGUCUACUUAGCGGUGAGUUUGAACAGGUUUAAACUGUGAUUUAUUUUGUUUAGUCAACCUUUAUUUGACCAGGCAAGGCAUCAAGAACAAUGUCUUAUUUCCAAUGACAGCCUGUCGGUCCAUAGUAUGUUCGGCUGAUAUUCUGUGAUCCAAUUCCAAUAGUGCUAACUAUAGACCCACCUUCUAUUUUUUACGUUUUAACAGCAGCUUUGCUAAAGCAACACAACUUUUAAUCUCAGUUUGUUACAGGCAUUGUUAUGCACUUGACAUUGAAAAAGGAAUCUUCCUGGUGGUGAUUUCUUAUAGUCUAUUUAACUAUUGCUCAGAGGUAUCUUUGUCUCCUUCUGUCCUUUUAAAUGGGUUGAACCAGCGUUUUGUUCUCCAUACUCAAGACAUUACUUUUUACGAGCCCUUAAUACAAAAUAAUGUCUAUUCAUAAAGAAAUAGUAUUUGUGUACAUUUUGUAUGAAUAUAGUAAUUAUAAUGAUAACAAUAAUGAUUUUUAGUAAUGUGAUGUCCAUUAGACAGCAUCAUGUCUGGGCUUCAUCCAGCACCUUGUUGGUUUUGCUUUGGUUUGUGACACAUUCUGACACAUUGAUCAUCAGAGGAUUCAUGUUAGCUGUCUGCGAGGCAGCAGCAGACAUGGGGAAGCUUAUCACAUAUGAAAGAACGUGCUUGGCACCCCACUGUGUUGACUUGCCCAGUGCAAAACAUUGUCUCGGUCAUGUGCGUGCCUGUAGAUUGAUCUCCACAUGAGGGUGUUUAUCACGUGCCAGUCAGUAUAGUCUGGCUUUAUUUAAUUUUUCUGAUUUUUAAUUUUUAUAAAAAUGUUGGCACUUGUGUAACGGUUCCACAUGGUCCUAAGGUUGCACUGCUGCACCACAAUACAUUCCUGAAUGCAGUACCAUGUAAACCAUCAGCAUAUAAAUGAUGGACAUCAUGACUCCACUUUUUCCCACUGUAUAAAAAUUAAGCCAAAUUAUCCUGGACAUGGCCGCUGCCAUCUUGCGCCGAUGACCUCAUUCAGAGCCAGAGUCUGCGUUGCAGUAACAAAGUCCCGCCCAAAUGCCCAGCAGACUUAAUUAAAAAAAACCUUUAUAGCUUCAAAUAACUAAUUAAAACCAUAUCAGAAAUAUUAACACUUGAACAUACAUCAGCGUGAUACGAACUACCUAGGUUUUUUUAGUUUGGCCCAUGUCCCAUCUGUUAACAUGGAGGCAGCAGGCUUUAUGGCCUUUACUGCAGUCAGCCAUCAGGGGGCAAUGGAGAUGUUUUGGCUUCGCUUUUGGGAAGCUUUAAUGUCAUCCAUCUUUAUAUAUGUUGAUGAACAGAUUAUUCCAGUGUAUCAUAUUGUUUAGGAAUACAUUUCGCCAAACACACUACUGAACUACUAUAACAGUUGACUUGAAAUGCCGGUUGCUUAUUUAGUCAUAAAUAUUUAAUGUCACUGGAAAAUACUUGAUUUGGGUUUUAGAGGCUUUAAGUUACUGAAAAGUAGAGCAAUAGCUUUCUUCUGAGCACACGUGUUAGCUUCAGCCUACAAUUUCAUGAGCAUAACAAGGCACACCGUCAACAUUUUACUGUAUAUGCCUUUAAACCCUCUGUUGUUUUUACAUGCUGUCUCUUAUUCCUUGCCUUGCACAUACCUUCUCUGUCACUUAUUGCCUAUGUUUGACCCUUGCACCCUUUAACACGGAACGUGCUUUCUCAGAAGAGUGCCUGUCAGGCAUAAUGAACCGCUGUGUGAGUGAUAUCACCACCACCACAUGUGACAAGGAAAGAGAGCUUAAGCCAUCGGUAUCAAAACCAGGAGAGCUGGCCUGCAGGAGGAACAUGAUGGCUUCAAUUUGACCACAUCAAGUAUGAUUUUACAUAAUAAUAUCAUGUAUGUGAAGUAUUGCGAAUAUUGUCGUGGUUCAACUUGUGUCUUAUGAGCUAUCGGGGUCAUGACCCAGAUUUGGGGACAGACUUCCUAUAGUCCAAUCACACACGAGGUGGGUAAUCUCCAUAAUUAAAAUGCUUGAAAAUCCUUUCGUGAAGAGGUUCUUAUGCCAUUAUGCUCCAUUAUUAUUAUUAUUAUUAUUAUUAUUAUUAUUAUUAUUAUGUGUGUUAAGUAUUUUUCAUCAACGGAAAAAGGAAUUGAGCUAAAUCCUAUCGUGCAUGCUAAAUCUAAGCUGCUUGCACUGACUAAGGUCCGAAGAGAUGACAACAGCUUACAAUGACAGAUCUUUUUAUUGACUUCUCUAGACAGGUGUGAACAUUGGUCUUCUGCCACGUGCACAGAUGGACCCCAUAUUAUUAUUAUUAUCAUAAUUAUUAUUAUUAGCAUUAUUUUCAGUUAUGGAAAGGUAGCCUACAUUAUGAUUGGCAAAAGAAAGGUCUUAAUUGAACUUUCUGCCACUGGUGUUAAAUUUUGCUUUCGGCAAAAGCAAGAGAACAUGCACUGUGUUAUGGCAUUAUUAUGAAAAUAUCAAAAAUAGUGUUACGUUUUGUUAGUCAGGACCAGUAUCUGUCCUUUACAGAUGUGUGACAGCCUUCUCUUAUUAUUCAGUACAUGUCUACAAUCAUAUGAAGGCAGCAUGUCAUUCUAUUCUAUAUUCUAUGUCAUUCUAUCUUGUUUGGGGAAUUGGUGCGCAUUUUCAAAGCAAUGCUUUAUCCAGCGUGGAUACUUAAAUGUAAUCAUUUGCCAGCAGCACCAGGCUAUUGCAGAAGUACACAGACUUAUUUGGUUUAUACACACUAAACUGGCCGGCUAUAACUUUUAAGUUUAUACAUUUUAGGCAGCAGCCCUAAAAGUGUCCCCUCCAAUCAUGACUUGCGCAUAUAAUUUAUUGCUUCAACCCUGUGUGUUUUUCCCUAAACCUUUGAGUCUUGCAGAAACCAGUGGAAACUAACAUGAACUCUGAAGUGAAGGGUCAUAAGGAGAGGGUAGCUGCAGCUGCCCCUGAUGGCUGCUACGCCUGGUUCAUCCUGCUCUCCUGCUUCCUGGUCUUCGGCCUGACGUUUGGUGUCAUUAAGGCCUUUGGUGUAUUCUAUGUCGAGAUACACCGAUAUUUUGAAACCACAGCAACAGGAACAUCUUGGAUUACCUCUAUUGCAGUGGCUACCAUUCAUGUUGUGGCUCCUGUAGCGUCUGCUCUGAGUGCUCGCUUCAGCCACCGCUCUGUAGUGAUAACAGGAGGACUGAUAUGCAGCAUAGGAGUCGUGUUGGGGGCUUUUGCUCGUAAUCUGAUUGAACUCUACUUAACAGUGGGGUUCUUAAAUGGUUUUGGCUGUGCAUUGACAUGGACGCCCACAGUGACCAUGCUGGGCUUGUACUUUGAGAAGAGACGGCCCGUAGCAAAUGCCUUGGCCAGCGCUGGAGAGUGCAUCCUUACAUUUGUCCUCACACCCCUGUUCCAGUUGUUGAUUGACAGCUACUCCUGGAGGGGUGCUUUGCUAAUCCUGGGGGGUUUGCAGCUUAACCUGUGUGUUUGUGGAAUACUGCUCAGGCCUCUAAACACCACCAGAGACGUGACUUGUGAGGUCAAGGCGGAGGAGGAGGGCUUGUCCCUGGAAUUGCUACCAAAAGAUGACUCGGAGCAGCGUAAACAGGGCUGCCUAGAGGCAGAGGCAGAGGCAGAGGCAGAGGAGUUGAGAAUAUCUGAGAGGUGUGAUCAGGGGAAAAUCAAAGCAUGUCAUGAGGACCCUGAAGAUAUUUCAAUCAUGAAAGUGCAAGACUCUAACAACAAGACUAAGAGGGCUGAACUAAGGACCAAAAUCCUUCGCUACGUAGAUUUUACCCUCAUCACCAAUGCUCGAUUCAUGGUCUACUCAAUGUUUGGGGUGUUUGCUGCGCUGGGUUUCUUUGCCCCAGCUCUCUUCCUGGUUCCAUAUGCUCGUAGUAAGGGAAUUGAGGAGUACCAGUCAGCAGCACUCAUAUCCAUCUCUGCAGCGUUGGACCUGUUUGGAAGGGUGUUCUUUGGCUGGGUGGCAAACUUGAGACUGGUCCAGAUGGUUCAGCAGCUGACAGCUACAGUUUUUCUGCUGGGUACUGUGUUGCUCCUCUGCCCACUGGCCUCAUCGUUCUCAGAGCUGGCUGCUUUCAGCGCCGCUUACGGCCUGGUGUACGGUGCCACGGUCGCCAUCCACAUCACUGUGUUAGCUGAGGUUGUGGGCGUCCACAGGCUCGGAAGUGCUCUGGGGUUCUUCAUGCUCAUACGCAGCACCGGAGGUCUGCUUGGACCGCCCAUUGCUGGAUUAUUCAUAGAUAAGAUGAGUGAUUACGGAACAGGUUUCCUCAUGGCAGGAGUGGCUCUCAUCGUCUCUGCUCUGUUCCUGCUGCUGCUCCAUCAGAUGAACCGCAGGGUCCAGGGGUCAACCACCACGAACUGCGAUAUGCAUACGGACAAAAUGGAACAAAGCCCCAGAGCUGAAACCAAAGAACUGGACAUGACAUGAAUGAAAAAAAAGUGUCUGUGGCUGAUAAGACGAUGAAUUGAAAAUAAAUCUGAAACUCAGGUCAAAAAGUGGAAAGUUGCUGUGUAGACUGAAGCAGUGUUUUUUUUAAUAAUGAAGAAAUGUUAAGACAUCUGCAGGAUCAACUGGGCCUGUCAGAGUCAACUGGUGCCUGUCUGUAGGUGACUUUGUCACCGUCUCUGUCUGUUACACAGACCAGGGAAAGUUUCAGUUAGCAGGAUAUUAUGAAAUUGAUCUUUUGUACAGUCAUGUUUUGCAGCUGAUCUGUCCUGUUUAUUAUUGUUAAUGGAUAAACACUGAAGAGAAAAGAAAUGUUGCGUAACAGAGGCAGUGUUUGGGCGAUUUGAGAACACUUCUUUAUUAACCAAACUGCAGCCAGGAAAGAGCUUUAAAGCUUUCUUUAUAUUUUUCACUUUGCAGGUUAAAUCAAAUUCCCUUUAUCCUAAACCUUACUGAUUGCUAGAUGUGAUGCGGCAGCAUUUUGCCAUACAUUUGACAAUUGCUAAUUUCAUUUCUAUCUUUUAUAUAAUAUUAAGAUAUUGAAAAUUUAAAUUGGGUUAGUAAAUCUUAAAGUGUUAUGGUUUUUCUCUUUAAGUCAUUUAUUGUUUUGAGCUUUACUGUUUUCUUGUUUUAAGAUAUUGGUGGGAGGUCUUUGGAGUUUUUUUCGAAGUCAAGGGGCAAAUAGUGGCAAUUUUUUAAAAUGUGAAACAUAAGGUUCCGUCCUCCUCCCUACCCCAGUAAUGUAUGUAGAGUCCCUAAAGUGUUCAUAUUAAACAUUAACCUGAUUUCCUGGAAUGUUGGAAAGUCACAUACUGUCACUUUCCUACUGUUGAUGCUGUGUUUGUGUGUCACUCAGGUUCAAAAUGUGUCAGGAAUGUGACAAUCAUGGAGCCGUAUGGAUUUUAAUUGAUUUAGAUUGGUUAAAAAGUUGAUUAAAAAAUCGAAAGCAUGUGUUUUACAUUAAUCUUAAAGUCACACUUUGUUA